AUGGGGAGGCGAGGACGACCACCAAAGGUGGUGUCGACACCGUCAUCAGCCAUCAGCAAUAAUGAUGAUGACAUACCAUCUGAAACCAACGUGAAUGCAAGCAAAACACAACAACAUGGAGGAGAAGAGCCAACAAAGGAGAUUGUGGAAGAACAGGAAAGCAGCAAAUCUAGAACCCUAAUUUCACCAAAAGGGGCAACAGAACCUAGAAGACUAUGGGUAGAUGUUAUAAGUGGAAAUCGGAAUCCUGGGAACGGGUUAACACUGGAAUUCAUUGCACCAACGAUUGUCAAUGGUAUUGCAGAGGUACGUAUUGAAGAAGCAGACACUGUAACAGAGGUGAAAUUCUGGGAGACAACAUUGAUCAUGUAUGUAGUGGGAGGUGAUUUAAGUAUGAACACGGUCAAACAAUUCAUGCUAAAACAAUGGAAUUUCGUUAAGUUGCCUGACAUGUAUUACAACAACGAAGGAUAUUUUGUAUUGAGAUUUCAUUCACACAAGGAGAGGGAUGAUGUACUCAUGAAAGGGCCUUACACCAUACGCAAUAUGCCGAUGCUGUUAGCUGAAUGGAAACCAAACUUCAAUUUGAAGAAUGAUAUGUUACGUACAAUCCCGGUAUGGAUUCAACUUCCUCAACUGCCGUUGCACCUAUGGGGAGCAAAAAAUUUAGGGAAGAUGGCGAGUAUGCUGGGCACCCCGUUGAUGACUGAUGAAUGCACCACGAACAAAUACCGUAUCUCGUAUGCUAGAGUUCUAGUAGAAGUUGAUGUUACAUAA